CUCCUUUCUUUUCCAAUCCAGACUCCGCAGAUUGUCGUAAUAACUACCAAAGACUUGAUUACUGUAAAAACAUUUUUUUAAAUUCAAAAGGCAGCUGCCAUCUGUAAGCAAGUUAUUAAAUUAAUGUGUCUCUAUAAUGUGCCUUGUUUUCCAAGAAACCGAUGUGAAUUGAAACGCAAACACAUGCAAUUAAUUUGAGAGUGCCUAUGAUACUGUGCAAUGUUCCCCUCAAGCAAUAAACACUGACAGAGGGCUGUUUGGGCCCUGAAGAGAGAGAGGAGGAUGCUGGUUGGAAAAGAUAGGGGCUAUGUGAAGCGAAGGUGUGGAGAGAUGAGUUUUAAUUUGGGCGGUCCUGUAAAAAGAAGUUCUUAGAUUGCAGAUAAGAUUGCUGUGGCUGGAAGCCUGGUCUCUGGCUGGUUAUGAUCAGACAGGUAAACACUGUCGAGUGAGCAGGAAAGGAUUCGCCUGGGUUGCAGCAGCACUCUGUGGUUUUGUGUGUCCAUUCCCCUCUCUGCAGCCAAAUGACCCCCAUACAUCAAAUUACAUAGCAGUUUCCAAGACAGAACCUAUUAUCCUUAAGUUGGUAGGAAAGUUCAAGCCGUGGUCAUGGAGAUGAACGCUGAUUUUCUCUCUCUCUCCCUUCAGGUUCCUGGUGUGUGUAUCUUUCCCCCCAAUCCAUCAUGUUUGAACAGGUAGAAUUUGGGUAUAUUACAUGAAGCAGGAGGCAGAGCGGGGGAGGGGUGGGACUUCUCCCCCUUUGGAAAAGUAGUCUCUUAAAAAACCCAUCCACGUUUGAUAACACUAUGGAUUAGAUAUUACGAUGAUUUCCCACAGAUGACAGUCAGGGGUCCGCCCGAGGCUGGAAAAGAAACUUUCCUCAAAGAAGGAUUAGUCUUAGUCGGCAGAUCGCUUCACAGAGUGUUGUGUUUGGCUACAUGGUGAUGUUGCUUGAACCUAGAGCUCAAGAUUUGUGUCUUUGGUGUAAUGUCACAGCAGUUAAAGCUAAUUUAUGCACAGGAACUUGGCAAGCUAUAAAACAGCGAAGGAUGAGGCUUCUUUCCCCAGCCAUUGCCCCGUUUCAUCGCAGGAGGGCCAUUCCCGGUUAGAUUUCACAAACUUCUCAUGAGUUCGGAUCCCUUGCAUUGUAAAGAAAGGUCUACCAGGAGGGGCCAUUGGAGGAGGAACGUCACGUGACAGAGGGGUGCCAAUGUUAUUCUUUAAGGGUGUCAAGACCCUGUCAGUUUGUGAAAUAAAUAUUGGGAAACAACAGAAAUGCAAAAAGCGACCUAUUACGACAGCUCUGCGAUCUAUGGCGGCUAUCCCUACCAAGGAACAAAUGGUUUCGCUUACAAUGCUAGUCAGCAGCAAUAUCCUCCACUGCCUCCUUCUUCCUCGCUGGUGGAAACGGAGUACCAUCGACCGGCCUGCUCUUUACAGUCCCCUGGCAGUGGAGGAGGAACUGGAGGAGGCUCUCUGCCCCACCACAAGGCCAGUGACAUCAACGAGAGUUGCAUGAGGACCCUCACCAGCCAAAACCUGCAGCCCCCGGCCCUUCCAGAGCACCCACAGCAGCCCCCCCCUCCAAGCCAACAGGUCCCCCAGCAGCACCAGCCGCCCCCUCCGCCCCCCUCGGUGUCACCUCCUCCUCCGAAUGCCACCACCGCCACCUCUGCCCCAGCCAACGCCACCACCAAGAGCGCCAUCUUGAACUCGCCCACCAUGUCCAAACAGAUAUUCCCCUGGAUGAAGGAGUCCCGGCAAAACACCAAGCAGAAAAACAGCGGGUCCAGUUCAGGUGAGAGUUGUGCUGGUGAUAAAAGCCCCCCUGGGCAGACUUCCUCUAAAAGAGCCCGCACGGCUUACACAAGUGCCCAGCUGGUAGAACUGGAAAAGGAGUUCCACUUCAACAGAUACCUUUGCAGGCCAAGAAGGGUAGAGAUGGCUAACUUGCUCAACCUCACAGAAAGACAGAUCAAAAUAUGGUUCCAAAACCGGAGGAUGAAAUAUAAAAAGGAUCAGAAGGGGAAAGGCAUGAUGACUUCUUCGGGGGGACAGUCCCCCAGCAGAAGUCCUGUGCCCCCAGCUCCUGGAGGCUAUCUGAACUCUAUGCACUCCUUGGUCAACAGUGUUCCCUAUGAGCCCCAGUCGCCUCCAUCCUUCAGCAAGCCUCAUCAGAAUGCCUAUGGCAUCCCCACGUCAUAUCCGGCUCCUCUCAAUAACUGCCCACCUCCUCAAAAGAGAUACACCGGAACUGCAGCAGUGACUCCAGAAUAUGACCCUCAUCCUCUUCAAGGCAACGGUUAUGGCAAUCCACAUAUACAGGGAAGCCCCGUCUACGUUGGGGGCAACUAUGUGGAUACCAUGGCAAAUUCUGGGCCAUCCCUCUUUGGCCUGACUCACCUCUCGGCCAACAUGGACUACAGUGGGCCAAUGGGCAACAAUCACCACCACGGACCUUGCGAUCCCCACCCAACUUACACAGACCUUACUUCUCACCAUGCUUCUCAGGGAAGAAUUCAGGAAGCCCCCAAAUUGACCCAUCUGUAAUUAUAUCAUCCGUUGCUUAACGAAUCAUUAAAAAAAUCCCCUUUUUUUAAAGAAAAGGAAGGAAAAGGAAAUUACAAAAAAAAAUCCUUUUAAGUCCCACCUCCCUGCCCUUCUGUUUUUACUUUUGUUUUCUUUUGGUUAUAAAAAAGAAAAGGAAGAAGCAUUUUUCUAGUCUAUGUGACCGUAGCAAUAUUUGUUGCUUGAAUUGCCCUCUAGUUUCCAUAGUGGAUAUUUAUCUCCUGGGACUCCUCUUUCUUGCCUUGCGUUCUCGCUUUGAGAGGAACGCAGAGGCUUUCUAUACUCUUUGACUUCGAUUCUUUUAUCAAAAAACAGGGUAUUAUGAACAAAUUUUUUUCUAUACAGGCGGUUCUUAAAUGUGAAUUUGUUCGUACAGAGUGGAUCCCAAACAGGGAAGCAUUUUUUUUAAUUUUAAUUUUAAUUGCACUUCUUUUAAAUAGCGAGAAAGAAAGAAAUCAAAAUAAGGCGCUUGCCGGGGGCUUCCCUGAGCAAAAUGAUGAAUAUGUGUACGUCUCUCAAUGUGUGUAUGCUGGUGACCUUUCAGAUUUAUUUAUAUUUUUUGCAAACUUUGAAUAAUCUAAGUGUUUAAUUUUUUAUUUAUCCCCAUCUGUUCAUAUUUAUAUACAUACAUAUAUAUAUAUAUAUAAAGAUAUUAAAAAAAUUCUUCUGUACCCUGAAAAUUCAGGAGAUAUUUGCCUGGCUGUAUGUUGAAUGGCAUACGUAGGGGAUAUCCUUUGAAAAGGGAUCUAGAACUCUUUUAUUUAAAAAGGAAAAGGAAAAAAUGCAAUAAAAUCUGGAAAAACAAACCAGUAGGCCGCUCUAGAAAUUGACGUCUUGUAACAUCGAACU